GUGACUAUGAAAAACACUGAAACCUGGCUAGUUUCAGCACACAUUUACAGAAAGGUGGAGAAAUCAGAACAGGGGCAGAAUGGAUUCUUUUCAUUUUCAGGGGGUUUGUAGACAUGCCAGGGACACAUAUUUCAGGUAGAGAACCAUUAAAAAGUCAAUUUUGCAUGGUAUGUCACCUGUAAGCCUCUUAAUUGUAAAUAAACGUGACUUCCGGUGCUUUUAUUUUGAAAACUCCGAACCCGGAAGUACCCGUGUUAUUAUGCUAACAGUGUGUCAUCAACUCAUCGGAACCAGCUUUGUGGUGAGACCUGCAGAUGUUGGAAAAAGAAGACUUUCAGCGCCAUAUUAACACUUUCUGAGGUGUUAUUUGAAGACCAACACUAAGUCCAGUCUUUGUGAACGAGCUGUCAUAAAGUGAACCUGUAAACGGAUCAGACUGCUGAGCUAGGCUGAUCUCUCAGCACUGUUAGCAGGGCAGGCUAACGGGCUGAUCCCCGACACACCUCGGUCCUGGUCCUGGUCCUGGUCCUGGUCGGGACGGGAGAGACAUGUCCUGCAGCUUGUUGGAGUUCUGUCGGCUCCAGGAGCUGAAGACGGUCAGGGAUUACCUGUUCACGAGUCAGAGAAGAGAGCAAGCAGAGGAGAAGAAUCCAACAGAGAAUGAGCUGUCCUGGGACACCUCUGAUUGGGAGUCAUCAUGGGACAGUGGAGAGAACAAAGAGGAGCAGGCUCCGUCCUCCAAAACAGUGGAGGAGGAGGAAACUUCAGGGCAGAGCGCUCCCUGGCUGCAGGACUGUGUAGUGUCUCUGUCACCCUGCUCCGACCUGCUCGUCGUGGCCAGAGAAAAAAAGGCUGUGUUCCUCUCAGCUAAGUGGCGUUCAGACGGCAGCGGCAAAGAGGAGAUGACUCUGUCUGUGUCCUGGACUGGAACGCUCAGCACUGACGAAGGAGAGUGUGUGAGCAGCUCCAUCUGUAUACCGUUGGCAAGCCAGAAGAGGAGCUCCACUGGACGGCCUGACUGGACAUGUGUGGUUGUGGGUUUCACUUCUGGAUAUGUCCGCUUCUACACAGAGAGCGGCGUUCUGCUCCUGGCCCAGCUGCUGCACGAGGACCCUGUGCUGAGGCUCAAGUGUCGAACGUAUGAGAUCCCUCGUCACCCCGGAGUAACUGAGCAGCAUGAAGAGCUGAGCAUCCUCUACCCUGCUGCCUUGGUCACCAUUGAUGGCUUCAGCCUCUUUCAGUCUCUGCGUGCCUGCAGGAACCAGGUUGCAAGAGCUGCAGCCGCAGGCAGCGAUGUGAUCCAGCCUCCUCCUCUGGCCUAUAAGAAGUGGGGUCUGCAGGAAAUGGACACCAUCGUGGACCACAGUAGCGUGGGCAUCAUGACGCUGUGUGUCUUCGACCAGAUGAAGAAUGCGUCCAUCCUGGGGGGAUUUAACGCUUCAGUCAAAGGCAGCCCCCCCGCCAUGAGCCAGUACGUCACAGUGGGAGGCGGGCCGUACACCGGCUUUUUCUAUGCUGUGGAGGGAAGCUCUCAGCCUCUCCUCUCUCACGUGGCUCUAGCUGUGGCCAGCAAGCUCACCUCGGCUCUCUUCAGUGCUGCCAGUGGAUGGCUUGGUUGGAACAAGAAUAAGAAUGAAGAGGAGACGGUUCAGAAACAGAAACCCAAGGUGGAGCCCUCCACGCCUUUAGCUAUCAGAUUUGGUCUACCAGACUCUCGACGUCACGGCGAGUCCAUCUGUUUGUCCCCAUGCAACACGCUGGCUGGAGUGACCGAUGACUUUGGUCGAGUCACGCUGCUAGACUUGUCCAGGGGGAUCGCUAUUCGCAUGUGGAAAGGUUACCGGGAUGCUCAGCUGGGUUGGCUGCAAGUUCCAGAGGAGAGGGGUGAUCGGGAGUUCUCCCCAUCUGCCUCCCUCCCCAGACGCCACGCUCUGUUCCUGGUCAUCUACGCUCCUCGCAGGGGAAUCCUGGAGGUGUGGUCGAUGCAGCAGGGACCUCGAGUUGGAGCGUUCACUGUGGGCAAACACUGCAGGUUGCUGUACGCUGGCUACCGUCUGAUGGGGGUGAACAGUGUGACCAGUCAGGGCUGGCAGCUUCACACUCAGCAGGUGUGUCUGCUGGAUCCCAUCACAGGAGCUCUGAGGACGGUGAACAUCCCUUUCCACCUGGCUCUCAGUGACAAGAAGAGCGAGCGAGCCAAAGAUAUGCACCUUUUAAAGAGACUCACUACGAUACUAAAGAGCAGAGAGGUGGAUCCUGAUAUUUUGGAGAGUGAAGCCAAAAAUGUGCUUCUGGAUAUCAAACACCCUGCCAUAAAGAAGCAGGCUUUAGAGUCUCUGCUGUCAAACAAGAACGCUCCUGUGUCGUGUCUCACUAACGUCACUUCUGCGUUAUAUGACACUCUGAAACAGCAAGACCAGGAGGACGUGGAUCCAGGAUUACUCCAGCUCUGCUCUUCACAGCUCAAACUGCUUCAGCUCUACACAGACAUCAAGAAUCUGCACACUGCUGCAGACACAGAGGCCUGUUCUAAAGAUCAGGACUCCCUCGAUGGCAUAGAGGAUGAACUGUCCCGUGUCGGCCCCACCCUGCAACGCUACGCCCAGCUCACCUCCAGGCCUAGUGUUUCAUUCGCUCAGGACUCGCCUGACUCCCCCCUGCCUGCCCAAGCUUUCCUCUCCCAGAUAGAGUGCACAGAGGACGGGGAGCUGAGGGUUAUUCGAGGGUCUGAAACUGAAUGGAAUCAACUAGGAAACUUUCUGUUCUGGGGUUGUCUGUGUGGAAAGAGUCCACUUCAUGAAGUCUGUGACACUCUGCAGCAGGCUGGCAUCAGUCCACAGCAGCUACUGUCUCUGCUGCUGAGUGUUUGGUUACAAAGAGAGAAGGAGGUUCUACAGAAACCAGAGGACACCGUCAGAAACCUUCACACUCUGCUCAUCGCCCUCAGCAACAUGAAAGGUGCAGUCGAGGAGUCAUGGGACACACAGUCUAUCUCCCCCUGGUGGCAGCAGGUCCGCUGUACAUGCAUCCAGUCUCACAACGCUGCUGCUGCUCUGCUGGCUGCGUUUGUGGCUCACCGUGCAGCGAAGGCGAGCAUCACAAGCCUGGCUGACAGCAAGUUGCAGUCAGAGUGGGAGGCUGUGUCGUUGGAGCUGGAGCAGUGGGUGGUGUGUGUUCGCCAGCUUGAGGAUGUGUUGGUGCUGCAGACUCUGUUGUUGGUGCCUCCUCCUCAGGGGGCAGCAGGGGGCGCUGCAGCUCAGUGCUCCAUCAAAACUCUGCUAGAGGGAGGAACAGGUGGCAUUGCAGACAAUGUCUCUAAGUGGGUGUUCAGACACAGCUUACCGCCUGAGCGACUGAAGGAAAUUCUCCUAAAGAGGGAAGACAAAGAGGAAGAUGACAAACCGGAGCAGAAGGCAGGAGACGGAGUAAAGGAGGAAAGCAAAGAGGACACAGACAGGACAGCAGAGCUGUUGGUGGCCGUGUGUCAGCGCUUCCCGCAUUCCCUCUCUCCGGACCUGCUCUUCGCCCACUGCUGCUGGGAGUAUGUGGUCCAGUGGAACAAAGACCCUGAGGAGGGCUGGUAUUUAUGCUGGGCUGUGGAGCAUCUGAAGCUGGUCUCCAGCCCACACAUCCAACUGGGUAUUUCUACAAUGAUGUGGAGUACGUUCAUUGUGAAGCGUUUCUCAUCAGCAGCCUACCUCAUGGAGAAGGUGGGAAAAGCACCUAAAGAUCGCUUGUGUCGAAGGGAUGUCGGGAUGGGAGACAAAGCUGUGACGUCCUUCGUCGGCUGCUGUGUGCAGCUGCUGCAGAUCCUCAUGGAGGCGGACUCAGCCGUGGAGGAGGUUCCCGCUCCGGAGCUGUCUGUGGAGGAGGCGUGGUGCGGGGCAGAGGGUCCUGCCUCUAUAGCGGAACUGGCCCUGGAGCAGAGAGGGGUCCACUACCCGCUGGUGCAACACCACUGCCUGUUAGCGUCCCUGUUACAUGCUGCUAUGACCUUCAGCAUGAAGGUGAAACCACUCAGCCUGUUUGACAGCAAGGGUAAGAAUGCUUUCUUCAGAGAUCUAACCACCAUCCAGCUGAUGCCCAGCGGAGACAUGGACCCGGGUCUGGUCUCACUACGACAAGAGUUCCUCCUGCGGGUGCUGACCGGCUGGGUGCAGGCCAUCGACGAUCCUUCCAGCUCAGCCUCUAGUUCCGGAUCCCCCCCUCUGCCUUCAAGUGGCCCUAAGGCUGACUGGUGGCCCUCUUUGUGUCAGGAGCUAGGCACCCUGCUGCAGGUCAACCCUGACAUCCUGAAAAGGCACCUCGUAUGUGAGCUCUACAACCAGGGCCUGGACCUGCGCGCUGAAGAGGUGAUGUUGGAGGUGGAGGAUAAGGACGUUCUCGGCUCUCAGCUGCUGGUCCUGACCGGUCAGAGGCUGAGCUUCUCGCUGCUGCACAGCCAAAGCCAGACGCAGGCUGCCAUGGAGCUGCUGGCCCGCCUGCCCCCGACGCUCUGCACGUGGCUCAAGGCUAUGGACCCCAGUGAGCUGCGGUGUCCCCUGGUCCCCCUGCCUCAGACCAGCAGGCUGGUUGGCCGUCUGAUCGAGAUCCUGCCAGAGAACCACGCUCAGUACAGCCUGGCCCUGCACCUCCUGGAGGCUGUGGAGGCCCUCACCACUGAGGACUGACCCUGAGAGACUCUGAGAGAUUGCUUACUCACCCUUCUUUAUUCAUGUCAUGGAGGUUUUGUUAUUCAGCUCACGUGAAUCUGUUCGGUUUGAGUGUUCUAUCUUUGUGCCAUAACACACUUCUGUUUCUCCUCCUGCUCCCCCGCUCACACAAAAGAGAUGUAACAUAAAGAGAAAAAAAAGGACCUUAUUUUUUAUUUAUAUAUGCAGACAGUUCUUUAUAAGCUGUGCCUGUACACCUCCUGUUCUAUAGUUCUGCGUCCAGCUGCUCCCGCUGGGCCAACCAAGUGCAGAAUAAAGAGGUUUCUCUAAAGCUUACAU